AUUGGCACCAGGUUAAAUCAUUUUGAUCUCAAGACUUUGAAAAUACAAUACACAUGGCACAGAUUGUAACACUUUUUCAGAUGCUAUUGAUUCUGCUACUUCAUGAUUACAUCUCAGCUGAAGAUGGGGAAAAAAGAGCAAGUUGCAGAACUGCUCCAGCUGAUUUAGUUUUUAUCUUAGACGGCUCUUACAGUGUUGGCCCAGAAAAUUUUGAAAUAAUCAAAAGCUGGCUUGUCAAUAUUACAAGAAACUUUGACAUAGGGCCAAAGUUUAUUCAAGUUGGAGUUGUCCAGUACAGUGAUUACCCUGUACUUGAAAUUCCCCUUGGAACUCAUGAAUCCACUGAGAACCUCAUCAGGGAAAUGGAGUCCAUACACUACUUGGGAGGAAAUACAAGAACAGGAAGAGCCAUUCAGUUUGCCUUUGACCAUCUUUUUGCAAAAUCUUCAAGAUUUUUAACAAAAAUAGCAGUUGUUCUCACUGAUGGAAAGUCCCAAGAUGAAGUCAAAGACAUAGCAGCAGAAGCAAGGAAAAAUAAAAUCACUUUGUUUGCUAUUGGUGUUGGCUCAGAAAUUGAGGAGGAUGAACUUAAAGCUAUUGCCAACAAGCCGUCAUCAACUUAUGUAUUUUAUGUUGAAGAUUAUAUUGCAAUAUCAAGAAUUAAAGAAGUUAUAAAGCAGAAACUCUGUGAGGAAUCUGUUUGUCCAACACGAAUUCCAGUGGCAGCUCGAGAUGAAAAAGGAUUUGACAUUCUUGUUGGAUUAGGAGUGAAGAAAAAGGUUAAGAAAAGAAUUCAGAUACCAACCACUAAUGCAAAAGCUUAUGAAGUGACCUCACAUGUUGAUCUGUCGGAAUUGACGAGGAAUGUUUUUCCAGAAGGUCUGCCUCCAUCCUAUGUGUUUGUUUCCACACAAAGAUUUAAAGUAAAAAAGACAUGGGAUUUGUGGAGAAUUCUAAGUCUGGAUAAGAGACCACAGAUUGCAGUCACUAUUAAUGGAGAAGAGAAAACAUUAUCGUUCACUACAACAAGUUUAAUAAAUGGCACACAAGUUAUUACUUUUGCUGUACCUCGAGUAAAGAUAUUGUUUGAUGAAGGCUGGCAUCAAAUUCGUCUCCUAGUAACAGAAGAUUUUGUAACUUUGUAUAUAGAUGACCAAGAAAUUGAAACAAAGCCGUUACAUCCUGUUUUAGGUAUUUACAUCAGUGGCCUAACCCAAAUAGGAAAGUAUUCUGGAAAGGAGGAAACUGUACAGUUUGAUAUACAAAAACUACGAAUCUACUGUGACCCAGAACAAAAUAAUCGAGAAACAGUCUGUGAAAUCCCUGGAUUUAAUGGAGAGUGCAUGAAUGGUCCUAGUGAUGUAGGCUCAACACCUGCUCCCUGCAUAUGCCCGCCAGGAAAACAAGGACCCCCAGGGCCCAAAGGUGAUCCUGGGCAGCCCGGAAAUCAUGGUUAUCCUGGUCAGCCUGGUCCAGAUGGUAAGCCUGGAUAUCAGGGAUCAGCAGGAACUCCAGGUAUCCCAGGAACUCCUGGGGUUCAAGGACCACGUGGCUUACCAGGUAUCAAGGGAGAGCCAGGGAAAGACGGGGCUAAGGGUGACCGUGGACUACCUGGCUUUCCUGGAUUACAUGGAAUGCCAGCACCAAAGGGAGAAAGAGGUCCUAAAGGAGACCAAGGAGUGCCAGGAAUAUAUGGGAAAAAGGGUUCAAAAGGAGAAAAAGGUGAUAUGGGGUUUCCAGGAAUGCCUGGGCGAGCUGGAGACCCUGGCAGAAAUGGGAAAGAUGGAUUACCAGGAAGUCCUGGCUUCAAGGGAGAAGUUGGACAACCUGGAUCUCCAGGCCUAGAAGGACAUCGUGGAGACCCUGGAAUUCCUGGAAUCCCUGGAAAUCCAGGAGCAAAAGGACAAAAGGGUGAAAUUGGACCACCAGGUCAACCAGGAGCAAAAGGGUCACCAGGAGAUACUGGUUUGAUGGGACCAGAAGGCUCAUUUGGUCUACCUGGAGCUCCUGGACCUAAGGGUGAUAAAGGUGAACCUGGAAUACAGGGGAAACUAGGAUCAUCAGGAGCCAAGGGAGAACGAGGAGUACCAGGCACUCCAGGUGAACCAGGCUACCCAGGCAUGCCAGGUAUCCAGGGUAUAAAGGGGGAUAAAGGAAAUCAAGGUGAAAGUGGCAUCCAGGGACUGAAAGGAGAAAAAGGAAGACAAGGAAAUCCAGGCUUACAGGGAGUAGAAGGAUUGAGUGGACAACGAGGAGAGAAAGGUGAAAAAGGAGAUCCAGGCAUUCGAGGGAACAAUGGGCAAAAAGGAGAAUCCGGUAUCCAAGGUUUGAUUGGACCUCCUGGUCUCAGAGGUCAGCCAGGAGACAGAGGACCCCCAGGGCUACCUGGAUCAGAUGGAAAACCUGCACGAGAUUUUUCAGAAGAAUUUAUUCGACAGGUGUGUUCAGAUGUACUGAGAACCCAGUUGCCUGCUAUCCUUCAGAGUAGAAGGCUACAAAACUGUAACCACUGUCAGUCCCAAAGUGCUUCUCCAGGACUUCCAGGACCACCAGGUCCAAGAGGCCCUGAAGGCCCAAGAGGAUUUCCUGGUUUACCAGGAAACGAUGGCAUUCCAGGGCUGACAGGCAUCCCAGGUCGCCCCGGGGCUCGUGGAACAAGAGGCCUGCCAGGAAAGAAUGGCGCAAAAGGCAAUCAAGGAAUUGGGGCUCCUGGGAUUCAAGGUCCCCCGGGACCUCCAGGUCCUGAAGGUCCGCCGGGUAUGAGUAAGGAAGGAAGUCCUGGAGAACGUGGGCAACCUGGUAAAGAUGGAGAUCGUGGCGGUCCGGGAAUGCCAGGACCAGUUGGACCCCCUGGAAUUUGUGACCCAUCACUAUGUUUUAGUGUAAUCGUGGGGAGAGAUCCAUUUCGAAAGGGACCAAAUUACUGAUUUGUGAUACAAUAAUUUAGAGGAAUAGGUGUGGUGCUUGUCUUUUAUGGUCUUUCAAGUCUCAGGAAGGUGACCAGCAAUAACUCUAUAAGCAGAAGCAAAAGUACCUCUGACAUUAUAAACAUUACAAAUAAUGAUCUCAAAGGUUUUAUCUUCCUUAGAAAAGAAAUUCCACUAUUUUUUUUAUAACUUACGUUGAUUGAAUCUUAAGUGUUUUUGAAGAGAAUAUCAGUUUUAAUAGGACUAAAAUGAACUAUAAUAUUUGGUAUUUAGUAAGAGUCUCUCAUACUCCUGUCACCACUGAAAUCCUUUGCAAGAUUGCUGGAGAUGCCACUGAGGAGCAGGACUAGACCUGAAAUUAUAUUGGUCAGGUAUAAAUUACUGUGAAAUUUUUCACAUGCAGCCGACAUAUACAGUAUUUGAUUUUGAAAGAAUGUGGCUGGCUUUAUCUUCAUAUGUGUGUGAAUCUCAUUGGCUUGUGUACAUUUCAUAUGUCACGGCUCCAAAUGUUCUGUGAGCAAAAGCAUAUAUCAGAUUUUUAUAAAUUAAGAGAAGUAUCUGGACUUAUUAUGGAAUUUAUAUCACCUAUUUUGCUGUGCAGCUCUUUGCUUAAAACCAAGGUGAAAUGCAAGGGUAGAACUCCUACUGAUUCAAGAAAGGCCAAAGUUUUAUUGAAGGUAUAAAAGUUCCAUGUGGGUGAUUCAGUUUAUAUGAAAAUAGCAUUACAAAAUAAAAAAUAGCAAACUGGUCUAGCUACUUUAUAGAUAUGAUUUGACCAAAAAAAAAAUAUUAAAAAUGUUUGCACAACCCCAGCGUAGCAGUUCUGCAUAAUUAAGUACUAACUUAUAUACCCUUUACUGUUUCUCCCCAAGGACUGCAGUUUCCAAAUUGAAGAAGCAGGUUUACUAGGAGAAAGGUCUAACUGAUGGCUGACUAGCUGCAAUGUUUCUUAUGCUGUUUCUUUUUUAAUGUUAAGCAAGCUAUGUGUAAUUUUUAUUGUAUGCUUUGCUGAUUAGUUGUAUUGCUUGCUUUUACAUAAAGAGCAAAGGCACAGUUCCCAUGAAAAUUGACAUUGCAUUUCUUAAAUUAAGGUAGUCUUGUACUGAACUUAACCAAUGCUUUAUAAGUGGCUUUCUCUAAUGUGUUGUUUUUAUGUUGUCUUCUAUCAGAGAUUGGUAAUAUGCUUGACAUUCAAGGUAAAAUAAAAUUUUGUAAAGAACUGGUGGUA